AUGGGUGUGUGUGAAUUCAGUCAAUGGAAGGGGAUAUUGUAUCUUCCUCUCAUCUCAUCUAAACAUCUGAACCGACUAGCCACCCCCCCUCCAAAAAGAUUCAACACAACAUAUUCCAACGGAGUGGUAAUUCCUACGCUUCAGAAAUCAAUGGUAUGUACAGUUAGUAAUGCAGGUCUUUCAAAAUCAAACAGAAUGGAAGAUAAUGGCGGGGUAAGGGAUCGAGGUUGGGGUCAUGUGUGGUCAUUCUGGUGA